AUGCCCUUCACCAAACUGAUUAUUCGAUCUGUCACCUAUGUCGCAGACCGUCCCAUCCUUGGAAAAAACCAUCUCUACAAAAUUCCAUCCGCAGUUGCAUGGAUAACUUCUGGCGGCAUGAUUGAGCCGCUGUACAACAUAUUCUUCAAUAUUUUCACGCCAGCUCCCAUGGAAUCUGGUCCAGAGCCUGCAUCUUGGCUUGUUUUUGAAGGUCCUAUGUCGGCCCCUUCAAACUCCACUACAAUAAGCGUGACAACACACGCCUCAAGUUUCCACGCAACAUUCCCUGUGCAGAAACAAACCGUUGGGUAUGCUGAACUGGAGGGUGUGCUUAAAGUAGUUCAGGCGAGUGAUGUGAUCUUAGCGGAGGACCCUGAUACGCAUGAAUCCUGCAUGUUUGCCAUGUCAUCGGACAAGACUAACAUAAGACAGGCACUGCAGACUAUAGCUGUUGGGAAAUGCGCCUGGAUCGCCGCAGAAAUUAUAGCUCGCAACAAGAAUGUCAUCAACAUAAAAGUCAACAACAUGUUCGUGAUUGACGGAUUUAAAGUGGAAAUGAUAUAG